CAAACAUCUAGUAGAAUACUGAUGAAUUGAAGGAGAUUUUUUUCCCCUACAUUUGUGAGCUCGAUCUUAUUCACAAGUUAAAUGAGAAAUAUUUCUGGAGGACCAUUUUGUCCAUUCACAUGUCCAUUUUAAAUCCCAAUCGAGAUAAGCUCUGGGGGUUUUAGCACUAUUUCAAACUAAACCCCUUUUGCUCGAUAACCUCCGGAGACGCAAUAACUUGAUGAUUGAAGGACGCUUGAUUACAAAGUAGAGAACCCAUCAACAAGAGACCUUAUUCAAUUUUGUUUUGAAUCAAACCCAGAAAAAACAAUAGGAGAAAUGUGGGGAUUUCGUAAUUGUUUUCGUCAAACGAGAAGAAUGAGGCGGCAACGACAGGUGCUCAAUCGGCUUUUCUCUACCUCUGCAGCUUUUGGGCCUCCUCCAUCGAGGCCUUUCCGAAGAGUUGUUGUUACUGGCUUAGGAAUGGUGACACCUUUGGGGUGUGGUGUUGAGACGACAUGGAAGCAACUCUUAGCAGGGAAAUGCGGAGUCAGGUCAAUAACCCCUGAAGAUUUGCAGAUGGAGGGAUUCCAGAGGGAAGUACAGUUGCACACAUUUGAACAGUUGCCAUCCAAAGUUGCUGCUACAGUGCCUUGUGGGACUAACUUGGGUGAAUUUGAUGAGCAAUUGUGGCUAAGUUCCCAGGACCAUCGCUCAAUUGCAAGGUUUAUAGGCUACGCUUUAUGUGCUGCAGACGAGGCUCUUAAAGAUGCAAAUUGGUUGCCAGAUAAACAAAGUGAAAAGGAAAGGACGGGUGUCUCAAUUGGUGCUGGCACAGGAAGCAUUUGCGAUAUAUUGGACGCAUCGAGGCUGAUUUGUGAGAAGCGUCUACGCCGGCUGAGUCCUUUUUUUAUCCCGAGGAUACUCAUCAACAUGGCUUCUGGUCAUGUAAGCAUGACAUAUGGGUUUCAGGGGCCAAAUCAUGCUGCAGUGACAGCUUGUGCUACUGGGGCGCAUUCGAUCGGUGAUGCUUGUAGGAUGAUUCAAUUUGGGGAUGCUGAUGUUAUGGUUGCAGGGGGUACUGAAGCUAGUAUUGAUGCUUUAUCAAUAGCAGGAUUUUGCAGGUCAAGGGCCUUGUCCACCAGAUAUAAUUCGGUCCCGGAGGAAGCUUCAAGACCAUUUGAUUGCGAACGGGAUGGUUUUGUGAUAGGAGAAGGUGCUGGUGUGCUGGUUUUGGAGGAGCUAGAACAUGCGAAGAAGCGAGGAGCCAAAAUUUAUGCAGAAGUGCGUGGUUAUGGGAUGUCAGGCGAUGCACAUCACAUUACUCAACCGCAUGCUGAUGGAAGAGGAGCCUCCUUAGCCAUGAUGCGCGCUUUAGAGCAGUCGGGGCUGGAUCCUUGUCAAGUGGAUUACAUUAAUGCCCAUGCUACGUCAACAAUGUUGGGUGAUGCCAUUGAAGCCAAUGCAAUAAAGUCUCUUUUCUCUAGCCAUGCAACAUCUGGUGCUUUGGCCCUGUCGUCUACCAAGGGUGCUAUUGGCCAUCUUCUUGGAGCAGCAGGCGCUGUGGAAGCUAUAUUUACUGUUUUGUCCAUUCAAAAUGGCGUUGCACCCCCGACACUUAACCUGACCAAACCAGACCUAGUAUUUACCGAAGAUUUCAUGCCUCUUACAGCUUCAAAGGAGAUGAAUAUUAGAGCAGCCAUGUCAAACUCCUUCGGCUUUGGAGGAACGAAUUCUUCCUUGUUAUUUGCUUCCAUAUCUUGAAGAUGUAUCAGUAUUCCUGGUGGUUGGAAAGGAAGCUGCAAAAGAGUUGGACGCAUUCACAAGCAGGCAGUUUUCCUGUGCUAUUCGGACAAGAGAGUAGUAGUUUUUCCUUCUAGGGUUCUUCCUUGGAUGUUUGUACAUUAAAAGAAACCAACAAUUGUGCUUUCUCAUUUCACAAAUGUAACUUUUUUCUUCAAAAAAAAUGUAACUUUUGAUUGAGGUUGAACACCUGGAAAACCAUGUAAAGUUACUUACAAUGGAAUUUAGAGGCAAGCUGAAUGGAUUAUUUUAUUGGCUCCCAAC